AAACCAAAAAGCCCAUGCCUAAACUACCUCUCUUUUAAUGAUUUCCAAUUUACCGUUCUUCACUCCCAAUCACUCCUCACUCCCAGAUCCUCCGCCAUCCGCCGCCGGAGAAUGCCACGAAGUUCGAAGCCCUCACGCGCUGCGGAAAGAGCGGGAGGAGCUGCUGCUUCACCCUCUCCGCACUCGCGCUCCUCGUAAUCGCCGCCGCCAUAUCCGCCAGAGUGCUCUACCUCGUCUUCAGGUUCACCCUCUUCGAUUUGAGAUGGCGUCCACAGUUGCAGGAGUAUCCGCAGUUGUUCCCUAUUCAUCUCUCUCUAGUGCCAAUUCCAAACCCUCGGAUCUAAACCCCAAAUUUUGCUCUCUUCCACUCAAUUGCAGCAGCCAAUCCUUCUCCGCAUUUCGUUCUCGCUUCUGCAUCACCAAAAAUGCUCCACUCCGCCCCCGCUUUUCACCAAUUGCCUAUUCCUCUUCUCCAGUUGUCAGCUCAGAGUAUUUGGAAGAACCUCAGACCAAGGUCAAAUAUCAAACUUCACUGAGCCUUCCUGGUUGUUCUUCCUCACUGUCAUUACUUGGAACUGGAUACAGGGAAAAAGUGUUUGCUAUUAUUGGGGUGAAAGUGUAUGCUGCAGGAUUAUAUGCAAACCCAUCCAUCUUCAGUAAGUUAGAUGCUUGGAAAGGACGUUCGUCUGCCGAGUUACACAAGGAUUCGUCAUUAUUUGAUGCAAUUUAUCAGGCUCCUCUCGAGAAAUCACUACAUAUUAUCUUAGUAAGAGAUCUAGAUGGUAAGACGUUUUGGGAUGCCUUGGAUGAGGCCCUUUCUCCAAGAAUUAAAUCACCGACUCCAGUAGAUGAAACUGCACUUUCAACAUUCCGAGGCAUCUUUCAAGGCCGUCCUCUUCAGAAAGGAACUUCCAUAUUUUUGACUUGGUUGGACACGGCAAAAAUGCUUUUUUUUGUAACACCCGAAGGAAUUCCUUCUUCUGUUGAUGCUGCCAUUGAGUCAUCAAAUGUUACAUCUGCUCUCUUCGAUGUGUUUCUUGGAGGUAAUCCAGUUUCCCCGUCAUUGAGAGCUUCAGCUUGUAUUGGAUUGGCUGCAGCACUCAAGUAAUUGAAGCUUUUAGCUCUAAGGCUAGUCGUAUUCCUAAAAACAUAUUUUUUCCCCACCGAAGAGCUUGAGUUUCGACAUGCAUAUAACAUAUUAUUAUGUAUUUUCUAUUUUACUAUAAAAUUCAAGCACAAUUGCAAGUUCUCAUUUGAGAUCUUCUGGUUUUAUCUGCUCUAGCAUCUUCACAACUUC